GAUGUACACUGCCGUUUAACUAUACGUAUAAACGUAUGAAGUGUCUCUGCUAGUAUUACUGGUUUAGUUUUUAUGUAAAAUUGUCACAUUUCGUAUCAAGAUGGGCAGACUGUCAGCUGAGGAGAAACAGUUCUACAAGGACAACGGCUACAUCCUCAUUCAGAACCUGUUCACCGAUCAGGAGUUGGAGGAGCUGUCUACGGAGUAUGACGACCUGUUCCGCCGCAAGAACCAGGCCAAGACUGAGAGUUCAUGGGUCGGCAGCGACGAGACCAACAGGAAAAGUGACAGCCCGUAUACAGUAAAGGGAAUCCACAACUUGCAGAUGCACCACGCAGUGUUCGGGAAACUGCUGUACCACGACAAGUUGCUGGACGCGCUGCAGGACGUCAUGGAGACGAAGAACAUCGUCCUACAUCACACCAAAGCUCACUACAAGCCGCCGGAGAAAGGCGCCUCAUAUCCCAUGCACCAGGACUACCAAUAUUUCCCAUACAAGAACGACUCUAUGGUGGCAGCGUUCAUCCAUUUAGAUGACUCGUCGCCAGAGAAUGGCGGACUGUGCGUGUACCCGGGCUCGCAUCGACUGGGGCCGCUAGAAGACGUCGGUGCACGGGAGACAUCGCACUUCCAUUAUGUUGAUCAGACUAAAUUUCCUAUCGAGAAGUCGACACCUGUGUUGGCUCGGUGUGGGGAUGUGGUCAUCUUCAGCUACUUGCUGGUGCACGGCAGCCCGGCCAACUUGUCUGCGCGUGCGCGCCGCAUGCUGCUAGUGCAGUACGCAGACGCGCACGACAUGCCUGCUGCCAGCGAGCGCGCCCAGCCUGCUCGCGGCCUCGUGCUCAGGGGAGUCAACCUGCAUCGCGACGCCACGGUUGCCAACCGACAUGUUGAGUAAAUAAAUAAAUCUUUAAGUAAGGU